GUGGUUAUGGAGGAACCGGCGCGACGACUGCUACAAUUGGGUUGUCGUCCGGGACACCAACCUCCCCAGAUCCUGUUCCAGCUUCGACAACGCUCACUCAUGCUGUUUCUGGAGUCAGUUCCUCUUUCUCACCGUUCCCAACGAACUUCAUUCAGCCUGUCACGGGUUCAGGCACAGAAGCUCCCGAGAUGAGGUCUUCCCCACCGCUGUUGUCGAAAACUGCACAGAGCGGCUCUUCUAGACUUAGGUCCCCAUGUUUCUUAUUCCUAUUGUCCUGCAUCUUUGUACAUGUGGCUGCAACCGGGGUUCCAACUCCUACUUUAUACUCGGAAACUCGGUCAGGCUCCACACUCGAACGAAGCACUAUAACAAUACCCCCUAUCUCGCCUCGUCAAGACCCACCACCAGAUCCCUUGAGAAGCAAUUUUCUGACUACACAAACUAUCACAAUUCCGGCGAGAAACGGCUCUCCAAACCCAAAGCCGCCUUUCCUGCUCAUCCUCCUGGCCUCUUUGGUCUCCAUGGUGGCUGCAACAAUGACCGUGGCUCCGCGCGGAGCACUGUUUCCAUCGCUCUGCGCAGGUCAGACCGGUAUGUCAAGUUGCGAAGCGACCGGCGGUGUGACAAGGACUUCGACCUCGACCCCGGAUUCUGGCAUUCUCGCCCCUACACCGGUCAUCACCCAGCCCACGGCCGAGACUACGAUCUCAAGCAGAUCGCAUGGCCCUUCUCCGAUGUUGUCCGGACCCGGCCCGUGUGUUGCGAACACCAGCCUCGAAUGCAUCCUAGAAGAAGGCAAUACCAUUACAGUCGGGACCCUCUCAUCCCAUACUACUCUCCAAACCGUAUCCGGGACCUCAAUUGCAAGCAUCUCUUCCACGGCGACUUCGGCAUCACCAGCACUCUCGACAACAGCAACGAGCGGAUCGUCCAAGACCAAGAUUCCGAGCUUGUUGCUUGUCUUCAGCUCUUUCUUUGAAAAUGCAUGGGCGGGUUUGUUUCCUACUGCCCCGACUGUUGAG